CUCUGCGUGCGCACCGCCAAGAGCCCGCCUAUAAAAAGGACUGCCGGGCGCAUGCGACCAAGCUGCUCCACUAGCUGCUGGCGGCUGUUGGCGCGCGUUGCCCACUCAGCCCGGUAGCGGACGGCAGGAUCGGGAAUCGGACUCAGGUCAAAAAGCAAAAUGAAGUACAUUCUGGUUACUGGUGGUGUUAUCUCAGGAAUCGGAAAAGGAAUCAUUGCCAGCAGUGUGGGCACAAUACUGAAGUCAUGUGGUUUACAUGUGACUUCAAUUAAAAUUGACCCCUACAUUAACAUUGAUGCAGGAACCUUCUCUCCAUAUGAGCACGGUGAAGUUUUUGUGCUUGAUGAUGGUGGGGAAGUUGACCUUGAUCUGGGUAACUAUGAGCGAUUCCUUGACAUCCGCCUCACCAAGGACAAUAAUCUGACCACUGGGAAGAUCUACCAGUAUGUCAUCAACAAAGAGCGCAAAGGAGACUACUUGGGGAAAACCGUCCAAGUUGUCCCUCACAUCACAGAUGCGAUCCAGGAGUGGGUGAUGAGACAGGCCCUGAUCCCUGUGGAUGAAGAUGGCUUAGAACCUCAAGUGUGUGUUAUCGAGCUUGGCGGAACAGUGGGAGACAUAGAGAGCAUGCCCUUCAUUGAGGCCUUCCGUCAGUUCCAAUUCAAGGUCAAAAAAGAGAACUUUUGUAAUAUUCAUGUCAGUCUUGUUCCUCAGCCAAGUUCAAUAGGAGAACAGAAGACUAAACCCACCCAGAAUAGUGUUCGGGAGCUCAGAGGCCUUGGACUUUCCCCAGACCUGAUUGUAUGCAGGUGCUCAAAUCCUCUCGACACAUCAGUGAAAGAAAAAAUAUCAAUGUUCUGUCAUGUUGAACCUGAACAAGUGAUCUGUGUCCAUGACGUUUCAUCUAUCUACCGAGUCCCCUUGCUGUUAGAGGAGCAGGGGGUUGUAGAUUAUUUCCUUCGAAGACUUGACCUUCCUGUUGAGAGACAGUCUCGAAAAAUGCUGAUGAAGUGGAAAAAGAUGGCUGACAGGUAUGAUCGAUUGCUGGAGACCUGCACUAUUGCCCUUGUGGGCAAAUACACCAAGUUCUCAGACUCAUAUGCUUCUGUCAUUAAAGCUCUGGAACAUUCUGCACUGGCCAUCAACCACAAAUUGGAGAUCAAGUACAUUGAUUCCACGGACCUGGAGCCAAGCACCUUACAGGAAGAGCCUGUACGCUACCAUGAAGCCUGGCAGAAGCUCUGCAGUGCUGAUGGAGUCCUGGUUCCAGGGGGAUUCGGUGUUCGAGGAACAGAAGGGAAAAUCCAAGCAAUUGCCUGGGCUCGAAAACAGAGGAAGCCUUUUUUGGGUGUGUGCUUAGGAAUGCAGCUGGCGGUGGUGGAAUUUUCAAGAAAUGUGCUGGGAUGGCAAGAUGCUAAUUCUACAGAAUUUGACCCUAAGACCAGUCACCCUGUGGUCAUCGACAUGCCAGAACACAACCCCGGCCAGAUGGGCGGGACCAUGAGGCUGGGCAAGAGGAGAACUCUGUUCCAGACCAAGAACUCAAUCAUGAGGAAACUCUACGGAGAUUUGGAUUAUCUGGAAGAGAGGCACCGCCACAGAUUUGAGGUGAAUCCAGUGUUGAAAAAGUGUUUGGAAGAGCAAGGCUUGAAGUUUGUUGGGCAAGAUGUUGAAGGGGAAAGGAUGGAAAUUGUGGAAUUGGAAGACCAUCCGUUUUUCGUUGGUGUUCAGUACCACCCGGAGUUCCUGUCCAGACCUAUCAAGCCUUCCCCACCAUACUUUGGGCUCCUCCUGGCCUCCGUGGGAAGGCUCCCACAUUACCUCCAGAAAGGCUGUAGGCUCUCACCCAGGGACACCUAUAGUGACAGGAGUGGAAGCAGCUCCCCUGACUCUGAAAUCACUGAACUGAAGUUCCCAUCAAUAAAUCAUGACUGAUGGUAAUGAGCUAUUCAGGCGAGUCUUCAGACUUCGAUGGAGUUUCCAGCUUUAAUUUUACACUCAGCUUUUGACACUUCCUUUAAAUUAUGUUUUUAUUAAGCUUAUUUUAUUAGGGGGAAGGUAUUUGGGAGACUUUGUGACUUGCAUGUCAUGUCCCAUCAUGUCUAUUGGCUCUGACACUGUGCAGCCUGGUGCCUGACGUGCUCCUCUGUGGCCCCGGAAACCCCCAGACUGGAAGCAGGGCAUCUGAGCCAGAGUGGAUGCUGGGCAUGGACUGGUGGAGGCCUACCCCUCACCACAUUGCUCCAACUACCUCGCAUCACUGUGGAUUGGAGUGUUCGUAGUCGCCACUUCCCGGUGGAGGCCUAACCCAUGUGUAAAAAAUGUGUCAUGCAUGGUUAAUGUGAGGGGUAUCUAGAACAACACUUAGUGCUGGUAGCCUGAGGGCACUGCUUGCCACCAGCAGCAGUGAAACCAGAGACCAAGCCUCAGCACUGCCCUGCACAGUAGUGGGACUCUCAGUGCCAACUGUGGCUGGUACUCAUUGUCCAUAGGGGACAGUCAGUUUGGUGUUACAUGAAAUGACAGGAAGUCUGCAUCUUUCUGAAGUGUGAUUUUAGAGUACCCAUCCUCUGGCCAUGCUUCCUUUCCUGGGCCCAGGAAGCACUCCUUGCAUCAAGGGGUCACAUAAAAAGGAACCAAGAAUCUUUAGGGUAACUGCCUCUAAAACCCUCUCAUACAUACAUAGACAACUUGGGCUUGAGGGGACUUUGCUUCCAGAAUGAUGUUUCUGCAGUCAAAGUGCAACAUGAAAAGCUAUUUUCUUAAUGUGAUGUAGUAAUAGGCACAGCUCUGUGUCUCAUAUUCUGACGGACUCGGUAUAUACUCUAACUUAAUAAAUAAUGCACAAUGAGA